GAGAGAGAGAGAGAGAGAGAGAGAGAGAGCGCGCGCGGCGGGUGGGAGAGACUGAGAGAGAGAGAGAGAGCGCGAGAGGUCUGGUCAAUUUAGGGUUUUCAGAACAUCCCCAGGGAGCGACGAGAGUGUGAGAUUUGAGAGAGUGUGUGUGGUUAUACCUACAAGCCUUUCUCUUUUUUUCUUCGAUUUUAGGGUUUUCACCGCAUUAAUCCAUGGACCGCAAGCUUGUGGUUUUGGGCAUUCCAUGGGAUAUUGAUACGGAAGGGUUGAGAGAGUAUAUGUGCAAAUAUGGGGAAUUGGAGGAUUGCAUUGUCAUGAAGGAGCGGUCAACUGGCCGAUCUCGUGGAUUUGGAUAUGUGACGUUUGCGUCAGCUGAAGAUGCCAAGAGUGUUGCAUCGAGUGAACACUUUCUGGGAAAUAGAAUGCUGGAAGUUAAAGUGGCUACCCCAAAGGAAGAGAUGAGAACACCUGCAAGAAAAGUUACCAGGAUAUUUGUUGCAAGGAUCCCGCAAUCUGUGACAGAAGCAAACUUUCGAAGUCAUUUUGGGAAGUAUGGAGAGAUAACAGAUCUAUACAUGCCAAAGGAGCAAGGCUCAAAAAUGCAUCGAGGAAUUGGGUUCAUAACGUUUGAAAAUGCAGACUCUGUCGAAAGUUUGAUGGUUGAUACUCAUGAGUUGGGAGGUUCCAAUGUAGUUGUUGAUCGAGCAACACCUAAGGAGGAUGACUUCAAACCAGUGGCCAGAAUGCCAGCAGCUCAGCAGGGUGGAUAUGGUGCAUAUAAUGCGUAUAUCUCAGCAGCUACUAGAUAUGCAGCCCUUGGUGCUCCCACCUUGUAUGAUCAUCCACCUCAUCCAGGGCCUGCAUAUGGAAGAGGAGAGUCUGCUCGAGGAUUGAGCAGAAAGAUUUUUGUUGGGAGGCUUCCUCAGGAGGCAACUUCUGAAGAUCUCCGCCAGUAUUUUGGUAGAUUUGGCCGUAUAUUGGAUGUUUAUGUUCCCAGAGAUCCCAAAAGAACUGGCCAUAGAGGAUUUGGUUUUGUAACCUUUGGAGAAGAUGGUGUAGCAGAUCGUGUAUCACGAAGAUCUCAUGAGAUCUGCGGUCAGCAGGUUGCAAUAGACACUGCCACACCUCUUGAUGAAGCUGGUACAAGUGGAAACUUUAUGAUGAACAAUGUAGAACCCUAUGGUGGAUAUGGUGGUCCUGUGCGCUCCUAUAGCAGGAUGUAUGGAAGUCUGGAUUUUGAUGAUUGGGGCUAUGGAAUGAGCAGUGGGAGACCAUCAAGAGCAGAUUGGAGGUACAGGCCAUACUAGAAAUGUCUCUCAAUUUGCAUUAGGUCUUUGGUAAUGUCAAGAAAGUGCCAUGCUGGGUUGUUAAUUGAAUUGUAUAAGAUUAAGGAUUCUAUACUUGGGUUAUUUCCUUGAUAAUAUUGAAUUUAUUUUCUGAUCUUUAAUUUUAAACAGUUCCAAUUGUUAUUAACCUGUAGAAACAUAGGUAGGUAGGUGGGAGUGGGAAUGUUGGAAUGUGUACUAUUAGCCUGCUGGCAAGUAAUGGUUGAGGACCAUGGUUCUCUUGUGUAGAAAUCAAACUAUGGUUUGAAGUUUUAUGGUAAUGACAGUUUUAUUG